ACGCUUCCUCACCUCUCACACACACACACACACACACACACACACGCGCGCGCACACCGGGAGGAGCCGUCUACCCUUCCGUCACCCGUGCCCGCCCCCCGGAGGACGGUGCGUCGUGUCGUUGGCAGCGUCAAUAUUAUUUAUGAUCCCCGUUAGGAGCCUCUCGGUGGGUUUUAGCGCCGCCGCCGCCACUGAUGCGCGCGCUGAAAAAAAAGACCCUCACAUCCGUUUAUUGUGUGUUGUUGUUGUUUUGUGCGUUUAAUUUCUCCGCGCGUGUGUGUGCGAGUGUGUGUAUGUGUGUGUGUGUGUUUGAGUAUAUGUGUGAGAGUUUUUUUCCCGCGGCCGGAGCGCACCGAUGCUCUGCGUUAAAGAGGCUUUGAUCGCGAGGCGUCGGGAGUCCGAAACACUUUCCUCGAUGGUUGUGUUGUUAGUGUGAGUGUGUGUGUGUGUGUGUGUGUGCGUGUGUGUUUGUACGUGUGUGUGUGUAUAUGUGUUCAGUUUUCCAUGGCGAACAUGAGCAGCAGUGUGUGCAUGGAGACGCCACACACUCACGGCCACGCCCACAGCUACACGCCCACCGCAGGGCGGGACUUUUCCCUGCAGAUGGACUCGUGCAUGAACCCUGUGUUGGACUACAGCGCUCAGAUGGAACGCUACCGCUCCUUCGCUAACUUUUACAAGAACGGAACUGCUCCGUUUCCUCAGGCAGCAAAAAUCGCUCGCUUGGCCACACCCAUUUUCCCGUCACCAAUGACACCCUGGUCGUGCGACAACGGAAUGCUUUGGGGUCGUAAACCUCCAGCGGUGAACGUCAACGUGAAUGUGAACGGAGCUCACGCACACGCUCACGCGCACCGGACCACCAUGCCUCGAGCGGAACCACUUAACGUGCACAUGCCCUCCAAGAUGUCCACUGACAACUUCCUGUCUCCGCUCAGUCAGGUGGGUGGAGCUGAGUGCAUGAACCGUCUCAAGGUGCCACCACAGAGCAGCGGGAGCAAUGCAGGAGGGGGCGCCAGUGAGCCUGAAAGGGGUGGGGCCACAUUUGGAGGAUUUGCGUUACCCCCUGGGGUUAUUGUCAUGACAACACUGCACUCAGGGGCGGGCUCAUCGGUGGCGACGAUGACGGACAGCGCGUUUCAGAUCGCUGCCGACUGCCAGCACAGCAACUCAGCAUCCUGCUCCGGCUCUAACGCUAGCACUAACGCUACCGUCAGCGCUAACAACAGCUGCAGCGGCGGAGCAGCAAAGAGGAAGAGGAAGCGAUGCGGUGUCUGCGCCCCCUGCAGGCGGCUUAUCAACUGCGGUGUGUGCAGCUCCUGCCGGAACAGGAAAACAGGCCAUCAGAUCUGCAAGUUUAGAAAGUGCGAAGAGUUGAAGAAGAAACCAGGGAGCACAGUUGAGCGAGCCUCGUCCGUAGGAGCAGCAGACACGUUCCGCUGGUUCUUCUGAGAGAAGGAAAUCCCAGGACACAGACUGUACACACACACACACACACACACACACACACACACACACACACACACACACACUCACACUGGACCACAGCAGUGCAGACACUGUGCUCCAUCUUUAACACUUCAACACUUCCAAUUUUAAAUGGACCUUCAGCUCUGUGUGGCAGACGUAGACAGUGACUCGGCGAGACAGGAAGUGGAUCUGCGAGACAGGAAAUGGAGCCCAGAGGAGUGCUGUGAUUGGCUGUCUGACUUCACUGGACUUGGAUGAUUAUAGACAUUUUGGUACAGAUUUAAGAUAAAGAUCAGAAGUGUUUGAUUGGAGGAGGUGGGUGUAAGCCACGCCCCCAGAGAACGCUCUGGACUCUUGACACGUCACACACUUCACUGUUGCAUGGGUAGAAAAAAACUAACUAAUGUGUUUUGGUUUGACCUGAAGACUUUAAUGACUUUGUACAUUGCUGUUGUGAUGCCUUACUGUCUUGAUUAAUAAAAGACUGUUAGGAUAAACCACA